AUGCGGGCGGGGGUGGGGGAGAGGUGGUGGCGUCGCCCGCAGAGCGGCGUGGGAGGGGCCGAGUGUCGCGGCGGCAGGGGUGGUGGAGGGGGUGGGGGACUUGUUGCACCGAGCCUCGCGCCCAUUGAUCUGGCGCGUGAUGACGUCACGGCGGGCACUUGGCGGACGCGGGCCCACGGGAUUGGCGGCGUCGCCACGGCGCCGGCGGCCGCGGGGGUGCGGGUGGCGGCGCGCCGACCAGCCAACGGCGCCCCGGGGACGCGGUCGCCGCUGACGGAGGGCUCUGCGGCACGCAGCGCCUGCAGCGCUCGGCUCCGCUACCCGCCGCACUCGCUCAUUGCGCCCCAGGAAGGCCUCACUGCUGCCGUCGCAUUUCCGACCCAGUCAUCAGCUGCUGUGCGCGCCGUUUCGUCGUUGUGGCAGCUGGGGACCGGAGACCCGCUUCGUUACACGCUGCUUGGCACACAGCGCGUGCGUUUCCCGCCGGACCGCCCUCCCCAGCUGUGGGGGUGGGGUGGUACGGCCCACGCACGAGCUCCUGCAACCCCCGCCGCUUCCGGCAGCCCCAAUCUCAUCACGCGCCAAUUUGCUGCUCCGCACAGCCCGGCGCAGCGCAGCACGCGUGCUGCGGCCCCCCAGGCUGUGUGCUUAUUGACUGCAGGGUGUCCCUCUCUCCCGACCCUGCCUCACGCCGACCCCAACGGUCUGCCGCGAUGA